AGGCGUAGCGGAGGGUGUAACAGAGCGAGAGAGGAGCCCGAAGCUGUGCGGUUGUGUUCGUCUGUGUGCAGAGGGGAGCCUUCGCAUUUCGGGGAACCCCCCCACUACCCGUCCCUGAUCUCCCCUCAACUCCUUGUCCCGAAGGAAGCGACCUGUUACCAUGACCCUGGGAUGCCCCAGGAAUAGGGCAGCAGAGGUCUGUGGCGCACUGGCCAGGAUCUGGGUCCUGUUUUGGGCGCUCGGUGCGAUGGGGUCUCCCCCUUCCCCUGCGGCCCCCCGCAAGGCCUACACCUUUGGGAGAAGCUUCCUGGGUUUGGAUAAAUGCAACGCUUGUGUGGGGACCUCAAUCUGCAAAAAGUUCUUCAAAGAGGAGAUCAGGUUUGAGAAGUGGCUGUCCCCACAGCUGAUGCUGCCCCCUGUCUACAGGAGGUGGUACCUGGCCAACUACACGGAUGACUCUGAGAACUGGCGGCCUGUGGUCCUGUCGCGACUCAUCCCCCAGCCACUCCACGAGGCAUCGGACCGUUCCAUCUGCAGCUCGGCAGGGCGAGCUCACUCCUGCAGCAUCGAGGCCGUCCUGAGGGCCACGCCCCGUUUUCAGGACUGGGCUCGAUCUCACCUGCUGCUGCCACGCAUGGUCCAGGGUCUGGCCACGCCCAUGAUGCGCUGCCCCUCCCAGCGGCUGCUGGACCGGCUGGUGCGCCGCUACGCUGAGGUUACGGACGCCGGGAGUGUGCAGAUGAAGCACUUUGCCGAGCGGGACAAACUGCGGCUGCUCUACACACUGGCCGUCAAUCAACACCCACUGUUACUUCAGAUGUUCCCAGGCACGGAGGGCUGGCCUUUUCCCAAAUACUACGGCUCAUGCGGCAGGAUGAUGGUGUCGGCCACCACCAGGCCCAUCAGGAGCACGUACGACUCCGCGCUGGAGACCCGAGCGGACAUCGCCUACCAGCUGCUCCACGUCGCCCAGGGGCUGAGCUCCAACAGCCUCGGGUUCCUCCUCUACUACACGCGCGUCUCCGAGGACAUGUUCGCCACCUUCGAGGACGGGAAGCUCUUCAUCGUGGACGCCAGUGCUAUCGGCAUCAUCGACCUGCUGGAAGGUGUCCCGCCCGACUCCGAGCCGGAGCGCGAGGACGUCUUCUCCUGCCUGAGCACCUCCUGCGCCCGGCCCCCGCCCUGCAGCUCCGUGCGGCCCUCCCAGAGCUUCUCCCUGCUCUGCCGGGACCUCCUCCCGAAGCUGCUGACGCCGCGGGACGCGCGGGCGGGGCGACUCCACGGGGACGCGGCCCGGCUGCUGGGGGUCUGCGCGGACGGGGCGCGGGAGGACCGGAGCGUCGCGGACGCGGCCCGCGGGCUGAUGGGCCUACUGAAACCGCUGCGGCCCUGCAGCCCGCAGCUGGCGUACCGCUACCCCGAGUGCAGGUACGGAGACCAGUUCUGAGCUCAAGCGCCGGGGACGCUUGGGACAGCCGGGGAUGUCCGGGAGGACCCGAGAGACGUGGAGGACAUCCAGCCAGAACUUAGGGGCCAUAAGGACUGAGCUCCAGAUGAGAAAAGGGGAGGAACUGCCUCCUCCCACACCCACCCCCCAGUGAUGACAUCGCCUGACAUCCACAAGGACAACAGGAAGAGCCACGCCUAAACUAGGCUGCAUUCAGAUGAAGAAAAAAAUCAGUUGGCUGCAAACUGUAUUCAUACACUGAAAAGGUGCUGUAGAUUAAAUGUCCGGCUGCUGACAGGCUGUACGCAGUUACACUCAUUCUUAAUUACCCCACUUGUGAUUACGGCCUACCUGCUCAAUACAACACCCCUGGGAGAGGGUCAACGCAUCAAGUCACGACCUGCAAUGGUCCAAAAUACAAAGGUACGCUUCAAAACUAAGAGUGAGGGAGAGAUGCAAUGGGACACACACGGGGGCAAAAAGAUGGAGACAGAAGAUGAAGAGGCUUUGCAGCAGCUGAUGGGAUGGGACUGAACGUCCAGUCGCAGCAGACUGCAAGUAUGGUGAUGAAGAGGCUAUUUGCUGUGGACCAUUACAUACUCUUUCAUUGCACUGUUUCCACUCCACCAAUCUACUGGAGCAAUCAUUACCAUCCCCUCAACAUGGUGAAAAUCCUCCUGAGGAGGGUUGUAAAGUUUAACACAUCUUGAGAAAACAAGACUGAACAUUCAAAACUUAACAGUUUGCCUAAGGAAUAAGCCCUGAUGUGUUCCUUUCGAAGAGCAACUUGCAUCUAUCAUUACAGUGUCAUAUACAAGCAAAUGUCUCAACAUUUCAGUUUUCUUCAGUCCCAUUAGGCAGCCUGCAAUUCAGUUGACAUCCACCGUGUGUCACUAGCAUACUUUUCUAAUUCAAAACAAGUGCAUUGGCUAUGAUAAACCCCAGGAUAAUUCAGAGCAAACACGGGUUUAUCUCAUGGAAAUCUGGGUUAAAUGCAAAUCAAGAGCCUUCAGAAAGUCCCACAGACACAUUCACAUUACUUCCUUUAACACCUAGUCUUGAGUGUCACCCAAAUUUGAUGCGCUCAACAAAAAAAAGAAAAUUAUAAAUGGUCAUCAUCAAUCAUUUUUAAUGUAUGGACCAGUUGCCUUGGCUGUAUUUGUCAAUGAUCAAAUAAAUACUUUUGUAAAUAAUUGAGUGCAGUCCCCCCCAGAAAUUAUGCAUAUUUGCUACUGCAAGAUGAAGGAAAUUUGUUUCUUGGGCUUUCUUGGCUGUUAAUUUUAUGUACAAGAGUGCCUUGAAAAAGACUCCAGUAUGGUUUUGACAUAAUAAAUGCACAAUGAGAAAAGUC